AUGGUGAGGGUCAGAGUUGAUGAGAUGACUAGUGAUGAUGUGACAUCUAUUAUAGGUGAUGGUGUCGACAAUAAAGAUGUGGAAGGGUCUCCUACAAAAAUAGGUGUCGGUGGCGCUGCUGGUGAUAGAGGUGGUGGUUGCAUAGGUGAUGGAGAUAUAGUUUUGGUCAGUGGUGAAGAAGAU